AUGAAGUUUUCAAAAUUAUUCGUUGCUUCAUCAAUAGCAACAAGCACAGUAUACGCUGCAGAAGACAAUAAAUUCGUGAAAUUAAGAUUUAAUAAAAGUAUUGGGGAUUCAUAUAAUACUUCCUCUCAAUCUAAUAGACCAUUGUUCAAAAGAUCCUCGAACUAUGAAGAGAUCAAACUAACUAAUCAACAAAGUUUUUAUUCUGUGGAUUUGGAUAUUGGUUCACCUGCGCAACAGGUCACUGUGCUGGUAGAUACCGGUUCUUCGGAUCUAUGGGUCACAGGCUCAGAUAAUCCUUUCUGUUCAUCAAAUAGUGCAUAUGCAAAGAGAGACAAAGAACCUGUUUCAAAUGAUUAUGUAUUGAAAGAGAAGAACGGAGCUAUAUUUGUUACAGAAAUCACGAUUGGAGGCGGAAUAGAUCCAUUAAGUUUUAUAACGGCCUCCGAUUUUACUUUCAAUACUGGUGCCUUCGAAACAGCCACUGCAACUAGAACAGCUAAUACUGCAGCUGAGGCCACCAUUGAUUGUUCAAGUUAUGGGACUUUUAAUGUUAAUACAUCCUCGACAUUCAAAUCAAAUGAAACAUAUUUCGAGAUCUCCUAUGGUGAUAAUUCAUACGCCUCGGGGACAUGGGGUCAAGAUAUCCUGGCCAUGAACGAUGUGAAUAUUACAGGUGUCUCAUUCGGUGUAGCAAACUAUACAAACUCGACUGUGGGUGUCCUUGGGAUAGGUUUACCAGGCUUAGAAUCAACAUAUUCUGGGACAGCUAGUACCAGUGCAUCCCAUCAUUAUCAAUACGCCAAUCUACCAAUGGUCCUACGUCAAUCUGGUGCUAUUGAACAUACCGCUUACUCCCUAUAUUUAGAUAGUUCCGACGCCAAAUAUGGGUCUGUUUUGUUCGGUGCGGUAGAUCAUAACAAGUAUGCUGGUAAUCUAUACACCAUACCAAUGAUUAACAUUUAUCAAAAUCAAGGGUUUGCAAAUCCAAUCGAAUUUGAUGUGACAUUACAAGGUAUCGGUAUUUCUAGUAGUGAUGGACAAGUCACCAUCUCUCAAACGAAGAUUCCUGCUUUGUUGGAUUCUGGUACCACUAUCACUUAUAUGCCUGCAGACCUUGUAUCGUUAUUAGCCGAACAAAUCGGUGCCACUUAUUCAUCAACAUCAGGUUUCUACGAAAUGAGUUGUUUGUCAAGUAGUGACGACACUGAACUAGUGUUUGAUUUCGGUGGAUUCCAUAUCACUGCGCCAUUGUCAGAUUUCUUAAUAUCUACUACAACAAGUAAUAGACAAUGUAUAUUUGCAGUGGUUCCUGAAACAUCUCCCUCUGUCAUUCUAGGUGAUGUUUUCUUAACUCAUGCUUACGUUGUCUACGAUUUAGAAAAUUAUGAAAUCUCUUUGGCUCAAGCCAGUUAUGAUGACGAUACUGAAAACAUCGAAGUCAUUAGUUCUAAUGUUCCAAGUGCUGUCACAGGUGCAUCAUAUUCGAAUACAUGGUCUACUAGUCAAGAUAUCACUUCUGGGGGUAACAUUUUCACAUUAGGUAGCAAUGCUACAGUUGCAUCUGCAGCUACUACCAUCUCAGGUUCUGGCAGACGGGCCUCUGGCACACAAUCAAGUACACAUAGAAGUAGUACUACCUCCCGUGUUGAGAAGACCAACGGUCAAGAUAAUUUGUCCAUACCGACGUUAUUCGUAACCGUUGCAUCUUUCGUUCUGUCAUUCUUACUUUAG